CCUUUAAUACGUACCCUUACAGAUGACAUCCAGCGGCGGGACUAUCAAGCUUUCUUCGCUGCUGUAAGGAGGGGUGAUUGGAAUGAAACGAAGUUGUUUCUUGACCAACACGCCGAUGCAACAGGACGAAAGGAUUCAAUGGGGACAGCUCUUCACAACGCAGUAUUAAUGGGGCACGAGCAAAUUGUGGAAGAGCUGGUGAAGUUGAUGACGGAGAAAGAAUUGGAGAUGCAAUCUAGCGACGGUUGGACGGCUCUUGCUUAUGCUGCUAGAGACAACCUCAAGAUGGUUACAUGCAUGGUUACGAAGAACACGAAACUACUUGGUAUUGCCGUAGAGGGCCGCCAAAUGACUCCGAUUCUCAUCGCUGCUAUGUAUGAUCGAUGGGAUAUAGCUCGGUACCUCUACUCCCACCCUGAUUUCCCAUUGCAAGAUCUAGUGGCAUUUAAAGGCGCUUACGGCUCUCAGCUUCUUGCCUUUUGUCUUUUUGCCAAACAAUUUGAUUUUGCAUGGAUGCUACUUCAGUGUAUCCCAAUGUUGGCAUAUACUCGAGGCCAAGGAAGAUACUCCCCUGUGUCUGCAAUUGCUAAUGUGCCCUCUGCAUUUCGGAGUGGAAUGUCUCUCAAAUUCUGGCAAUCGUUGAUCUAUAAAUGUGUACACAUAGAAGAUGCUGAUUCCAUCAGUGGUUUUUAUAUAAAUGUUAAAAGUCAAGAAAAUGAACAAUGCAAUCAAGGGAAUAGCACAGAUAUCCUUCUCCUUGUUUUUAGUAAUUAG